GUUACCUGGAACAAAGCGAAGGAAGAAAUAGUGAACGAGUCUGGACCUACCAUAAUGGCAGAAGAAUUCCAAGGAAAAGAUAUCAACGAUUGGCUUCCCAUCACCAAGUCUCGGAACGCAAAGUGGUGGUACUGUGCUGUCCACAAUGUUACUGCUAUGGUUGGAGCUGCAGUUCUCGGCUUACCCUAUGCCAUGUCUGAGCUUGGAUGGGGUCCUGGCAUUGGUAUAAUGAUCCUUUCAUGGAUCUGCACUCUGUACACUGCAUGGCAGAUGAUUGAGAUGCACGAGCCUGAACCGGGGAAGGGGAAGAGGUUUGAUAGGUAUCAUGAAUUGGGUCAGCAUGCUUUUGGGGAAAAGCUUGGACUUUGGAUUGUGGUGCCUCAGCAACUAAUGGUCGAAGUUUCCAUUGGUAUAAUUUAUAUGAUAACUGGUGGGAACUCUCUGAUGAAGAUUCAUCGGAUUCUUUGUAAUGAUUGUAAGCCCAUUAAGAGAACUUACUUCAUCAUGAUGUUUUCUUCGGCUCAAUUCUUUCUCUCCCAUCUCCCUAGUUUCAACUCCAUCUCUGGCGUUUCUCUGGCUGCGGCUGUUAUGUCCCUCAGCUAUUCCAUCAUUGCGUGGAUAGCAUCACUUCACAGGGGCACUCUACCAGAUGUGCAAUAUGGUGCAAAGUUUUCAACCGAUAUUGGGAAUGCGUUUGGGUUCUUAAGUGGUUUGGGAGCAAUGGCUUUCGCGUAUGCUGGCCAUAACGUGGUUUUGGAGAUCCAAGCAACCAUACCUUCCACACCUGAAAAGCCCUCCAAAGUAGCCAUGUGGAGGGGGUUUGUUGUUGCUUAUGUCAUAGUGGCUCUUUGCUAUUUCCCUGUUGCGCUUUGUGGUUAUUGGGCUUUUGGAAACGCCGUUGAUGAUAACAUCCUUUUGUCCCUUGAGAAACCACCCUGGCUCAUUGUAGCUGCUAAUAUAUUUGUCGCUAUCCAUGUAACUGGGAGUUAUCAGGUCUUUGCUGUUCCAGUGUUUGAUAUGAUGGAAUCGUUCAUGAUAAAAAGGAUGAAGUUCAGGCCAAAUUUGUUCCUUCGAUUCAUAAUUCGCAAUUUAUACGUUUUACUUACAUUGUUCGUUGGAAUUACAUUACCUUUCUUUGGUGGGCUUGUCGGCUUCCUUGGGGGAUUUGCCUAUGCUCCUACCUCAUUCUUUCUACCGUGCAUAAUGUGGCUUAUCCUCUACAAACCAAAGAGGUUUAGCUUGUCUUGGUGUGCAAAUUGGUUUUGCAUUGUAUUUGGAGGGGCGUUGAUGGUGUUAGCUCCUAUUGGCGGAUUGAGGGAGAUGAUAAUAGACGCUAAGAAUUACAAAUUUUACUCGUGAAGAUAUCAGGGAGGAGACUGCAUGACUUGAUAAUUUUUUUCAUGACAUUCCGUCAUCUAUUUCCUUUGGUCCUUAGGUUAUUAGAUGUUUGUAUUAGCUCUAGUUCUUUUGUUAUGUAGCAUUGAUAACUUCAGUUCUGCUUUUAGCAGUUAAAGAUUUUAAUGUACUAUGACUUGCAUCCAAGUCAUGAUCAUAGAAUAUGAAGAGUCAAGAGGCUUCUUUUUAAUGAAA